UCCGGGUUCCCAGCCUCCACUGGGGCUCUCAGGAUGAGGCGGAUCAGGGCUAAUGCCAUUGCAAUCCUGACCGUCGCCUGGAUUCUGGGCACUUUCUAUUACUUGUGGCAGGACAACAAGCCCCAUUCAGCAGCAUCCAGCCGAUCUCCAAGCAGCGGCGGCGGCGGCGGCAGGAACGGGCAGAGAUCCACGGGCAAACUGGACCUCCACAAAGACGAGAGGACCAUCCCCCUCAUCGUAUCUAGGCCACCACAAGCAGAAAAAAAUGGCCUACGGGGUUUCGAUGAGAAGGCCUAUGUGUCGUCCAAGCUGCUGAAGGUCGGAGAAGACCCUUACCGGCAGCAUGCAUUCAACCAAUUGGAAAGUGACAAACUGAGCAGUGACCGACCCAUUCGAGACACCAGGCAUUACAGGUGCACCUCUGUACACUAUGGGGCAGACCUGCCAGCCACCAGCAUCAUCAUAACUUUUCACAAUGAGGCUCGCUCCACUUUGCUCCGCACAGUGAAGAGUGUUCUGAAUCGCACCCCUGCCAACCUGAUUCAGGAAAUAAUUUUAGUAGAUGACUUCAGCUCUGAUCCUGAGGACUGCCAGCUCCUUACCAGGAUACCAAAGGUCAAGUGUCUGCGGAACAGUCGGCGAGAAGGGCUCAUCCGCUCUCGAGUGCGAGGGGCCGAUACAGCAACAGCUGAAAUUCUGACCUUCUUGGACAGUCACUGUGAGGUGAACAGUGAAUGGCUGCAGCCUAUGCUUCAAAGGGUGAAAGAGGAUUAUACACGGGUGGUGAGUCCUAUCAUUGAUGUGAUAAGCUUGGACAAUUUUGCCUACUUAGCGGCAUCAGCAGAUUUAAGGGGAGGGUUUGACUGGAGCCUUCACUUUAAGUGGGAGCAGAUCCCUAUUGAGCAAAAGUUGUCUAGAACAGACCCUACCCAGUCCAUAAGAACACCUGUCAUAGCAGGAGGCAUCUUUGUAAUCAACAAGUCUUGGUUUAACCAUCUGGGAAAAUAUGACACUCAGAUGGACAUCUGGGGAGGAGAGAACUUUGAGCUUUCCUUCAGAGUUUGGAUGUGUGGAGGCAGCUUGGAGAUCGUUCCCUGCAGUCGUGUGGGCCACGUUUUCAGGAAACGCCACCCCUAUGACUUCCCUGAGGGCAACGCACUAACUUAUAUCAAAAAUACCAAACGUACAGCGGAAGUGUGGAUGGAUGAGUACAAGCAGUACUACUAUGAGGCCCGUCCAUCUGCCAUUGGAAAGUCAUUUGGAAGCAUUGCAGACCGAGUAGAGCAGCGCAGGAAACUGAACUGUAAAUCCUUCCAGUGGUACUUGGAGAAUGUCUACCCUGAGCUCAAGAUCCCAGAAAAGGAGUUGAUUCCUGGGAUCAUCAAACAAGGAGUAAAUUGCUUGGAGUCUCAGGGACAAGACACAGCAGGAAACUCUCUAGCAGGAGUUGGAAGCUGUAAAGGGACAGUGAACGAUCCUGCUGCCACUCAGGAGUGGAUAUUCAGUGAUCCUUUAAUCAGGCAGCAAGACAAGUGUCUUUCAAUCACCUCAUUCUCCACUGGGUCUCAGAUCACAAUUGAGGCGUGCAAUCAGAAAGACGGCAGACAGAAAUGGAAAAUGAAAGGGAACUUCAUCCAACACUUUGUCAGUGGCCUGUGCCUGGAAAGCCAGUCCAGCAGAUUAGUGACCAACAUCUGCCAGUCAGAUAUACUGGGCCAACAGUGGGAGCUACUCCAAGUCACAUGAUGGUUGCCAAGCAACCUUCUGUUGCUUUUGCAUGAGACUCUGGGAAUGGAAGGGGUUAGGGUGGGAGAUGAAGUUUGAUUAUCUUUAAACCUUAAGUAUUUUGAUUGUGAACCUCAGCCAAUAACCAUUUCAAUUGAAAUUUCAGUGUUUUUUUAAUUCAUUAAUAAGUACUCCAUUAUGUGAACAAUCAUCACUGGAAAUGGCCCAUUUGUUUUCUUGUUUUCUCACUGUGAGUACUACCUUAGGAAAAUUAACAGCAGUUCCAGGCUGGAGAGGGGCACAGUCCAGUAACCAAGGCUUAGAUCUGACAGACUGACAGUUCUCGCCUUCCAUUCCUUCCUCUUGGGAAACUUGUGCCAGUCUAUGGUCUCAUGGAGCUGUUGCCAUUGGUCUGUGACAAUGCUUAAUGUGAACUCCUGAUGGAUUUGUUUGGCUUCAUGUACUUUCAGACAUGGCCU